UGAGUUCAUAAUUUUUUUGUAAAAAUUUGAAUAAAUGUUGGCAGAACUUUGCUUGAAUAACAAAUGAACGUCGUGUUUGGACGUAAUUGUUGUUUAUCAGUUGUUUCACAGCUAAAAACAAAGCGUUGAUAAUUAAAUGACGUAAUCACGACAACGUGCCACAGUCAUGCACGUGCGGAAAUGGAGUUUGUUGUUGCUGCCCCUUUGACUCGUUUCUACUCUGAUCAAAAAAACGGGCUGUUUUAAAAUGAAGAACCUGGACUGUUGUGUUUCUGGUUGUGAAAACCUUCGCACCUCAUCCACCAAAGUUAAAUUUUACCGGUUACCGUCGGGACAUCAAGUCAACCGAAGACGUUUGUGGCUGCAAGCAAUUCAACAAGCCAACGGCAGCACCAAGGAACUGAACGGAAAUGCUCGCGUUUGUGGCGCACAUUUUACAUCAAGAGUUGCGUCCAUGGACCCUAACAGUCCUGACUUUGUUCCCUCUGUGUUUACUAAACGGAGCCCAAAGAAGAAAGCGAAAAAAUACUUUACUGGUAAAAGAAGGCGCCUCCACAAAACCAUCAUGAGCAAGGAUAAUCUAAAAUCUCCAUCCAAGGCUGACUCUCCUGUGGACGACCAGUCAUCUGUUUUGAUGGACACUAACACUGAACUCUCACCGGACGAACAGACACCAUCAGCCUCUUCAAUAACAAAGGAUGAAUCUGAAGUUACAACAAUCAAGCCACAAGCUUCCACCCCAAACAAGACAUCCCCAUCAGUAAAAGUAUCAGCAUGCACACUAAAUAUAAACAAAACGAAACCUAUUGUGCUUCUGAAACGUAUAGUUGUACCAGAAAGUGGGUACUGGUGUGCGCUGAGCAAUGAGGACUCCACUGCUGAAUCUCGGCUCGUAAGAGACAUACAACUGCAUGAAGAACAAACACAAUUAGUCUGUGUGAAUUGUGGAAUGUUGUUCACAAAUCAGGUCAGUCUUACACAGCACUGUUGUGCUAAAAAUGAUGAGCCGUCCUUUCCGUGCAACAUAUGCCACCGAUCUUUCACUUCAAGCAGAUACCUGAAGCGUCAUAAACUGCUACACGUCAAAGAUGCCAGGAAGUGCGGCAAGUGUGGAGUGCUCUUCUGUCGACGUCAUAACCACGUUAUGUCGUGUCCUAUAGCUAAGGCUGUACCUGAGACUGAAGAGGAUUGCUCUGAAAAUGAAGAAAGUAACAGAUAUAUUAAAACAAUACCAGAAGAAAGUAAAAAGAUGCAAGAAGAAAGUUAUCUGAUGCUGGAAGUAAGUGAUCUGAAGCCAGAAGUAAGUGAUCUGAUGCCAGAAGUAAGUGAUCUGAUGCCAGAAUUCAGUGAUCUGAUGAAGUAG